AUGCUAUUCUCUUGGAUUUUUAUCUCUUGGUUUCUGCAGAUUCCUACAUUUGAGUGCUCCUACAACAGCAUUGAGUGCUUAGUAAGAAUGAAUUAUCGCUUAAUUGGGAAAGGAAAUGUACUGAUUUCUGGUUUUUUUCCUGCUUAUGUUAUCUAUCCACACAACAAAUCAAUUGACUGGAGGAUAACUACAUUUAACAGAAAUUUUGUGGUUGAGUUUAAGGUGAGGAAUUACCAGUGUAUUUUGGCCAUGAUGUUUGCCAUUGAGGAGAUCAACAGCAAUCCCUAUCUGUUACCCAAUACAACACUGGGAUUUGUGGUUCAGAAUGUCCCAGCGGGUCAAAGAAAUACUCUGGAAAAUGUUUUUCGAAUACUUUCAGGCAUUGAUUAUGCCCUCCCCAACUAUAGAUGUGCAAGAGAGAGCAUGUCAGCUGCUGUAAUUACAGGGCCAUCAUGGGCAAUAUCAGAAUACAUAGGGACACUGCUGAAUCUUUAUAAAUUUCCACAGUUUACUAUUGGGUCUUUUGAUACUACCCUGAGUGAAAAAAGGCAGUUUUCUUCCUUGUACCAGGUGGCUCCAAAGGACACAUCUCUGAUGCUUGGUAUUGUAUCUUUGAUGCUUCAUUUCCACUGGAUUUGGGUUGGACUUUUUAUUAUAGAUGAUCACAAAGGUGCGCAGACUCUGUCAGAUUUGAGACAUGCAAUGGAGGAUAAUGGAGUCUGCAUAGCAUUUGUGGAAAUGAUACAAGUUAAUAGGGGUGCAUUUCUGACCACAUCCUGGAAAAACCAUGUUCAGAUUGUGGAAUCAUCAACAAAUGUAAUUAUUAUUUAUGGUGACAGUGAUUCACUACUAAGCUUAAUUAUAUAUAUUAAGCAGAAGUUUCUGACAUGGAAAGUCUGGGUCUUGAACUCCAACUGGGAUAAUACUAGCUUCAAUGACAAUUUUCUGUUAGAUUCAAUGCAUGGUGCCCUUAUUUUUUCACACAAUCAUGAGAAGAUUAUUAAUUUCACAAAUUUUAUUGAGGCAGCCAAUCCUUUCAAAUACCCCAAAGAUAUUUUUCUUCAUGUAUUGUGGAAUUUAUUCUUCAAAUGCUCAUUUUUGAGGAAAGAUUGUAAAAUUGUGGAAAACUGUAAGCCUAAUGCCUCUUUGGAGUUCUUGCCAGGGAAGUUAUUUGAUAUGGCUAUGAGUGAAGAAAGUUACAAUGUGUACACUGCUGUGUAUGCUGUGGCCCACAGUCUACAUGAGAUGAUGCUCAAUCGAGUACAAUUUCAUGCUCUUGAGAAAGGAAGAGAGAAGGCAUUUUCCCCUUGGCAGCUUCACCCUUUUAUAAAGAACAUACAAGCCUUCAAUCAUACUGGAUACCAGGUACUUCUGAAUUGGAAAAGGAAAUCACAUGAAGAAUAUGACAUUCUCAAUUUUUGGAAUUUUCCAAAAGGUCUUGGAUUAAAUGUGAAGGUAGGAACUUUCUCUACAAAUGCCCCAAAGGGCCAGAAGUUGUCGUUAUCAUCUCAUAUGAUACAGUGGGCCACAGGAUUGACAGAGAUUCCUCAGUCUGUAUGCAGUGUGAGUUGUGAACCUGGAUUCAGGAAAACCCACCAAGAGGGCAUGGUUGCCUGUUGCUUUGACUGUACCCAUUGCUCAGAGAAUGAGAUUUCCAAUGAGACAGAUGUGGAUCAGUGUGUGAUGUGUCCAGAAAGUCACUAUCCAAACACAAAGAAGAACUACUGCUUACAGAAAAGCGUGACAUUCCUGGCCUAUGAUGACCCCUUGGGGAAGACAAUCAGCUUCAUCUCCCUGGGCUUCACCUCACUCACAGUUCUUGUUCUCUGGGUGUUUCUUAAACACAAAGACACUCCCAUUAUUAAGGCCAAUAACAGGGCUCUCAGUUAUACCCUGCUCAUCACUCUGACCCUCUGCUUUCUCUGUCCCUUGCUCUUCAUUGGCCGUCCUCACACAGUCAACUGUAUCCUACAGCAGAACAUGUUUGGACUGCUGUUCACUGUGGCUCUUUCGACUGUGCUGGCAAAAACUCUGACUGUACUUGUAGCCUUCAAGAUCACCACUCCAGGGAAAAUGAGGAUGUUUCUGAUAUCAAAGGCCCCGAAUUUCAUCAUUCCCAUAUGUGCCCUGCUGCAAGUUGUUCUCUCAGGAAUUUGGCUGGCAACCUGUCCUCCAUUUAUUGACAAAGAUGUAUAUUCAGAACAUGGCCGCAUCAUCAUCAUUUGCAACAAAGGCUCAGCUCUUGUCUUCUACUGCAUCCUGGGAUACCUGGGAACACUGGCCAUGGGAAGCUACCUUAUGGCAUUCUUAUCCAGGAAUCUUCCUGAUGCAUUCAAUGAAGCCAGGUUCCUGGCUUUCAGCAUGCUUGUGUUCUGCAGUGUCUGGAUCAGUUUCCUCCCUGUCUACCACAGCACCAAGGGGAAGGUCAUGGUGGCUAUGGAAGCCCUCUCUAUCCUGGCUUCUAGUGCAUCACUCUUAGGCAUCAUCUUUGCCCCAAAGUGCUACAUCAUACUCUUAAGGCCAGAAAGGAACUCACUUCAUCACAUCAGGGACAAAACAUAGACUAAGAGGUAAAACCUUAAAACCCACCUCACUUGUUUCUUAAGUUGAAGAGCUUUGAAGUACGCUUGUGCUUCCCCUUCUAAACACUCACACAUGAAGGUAUAAUAUGACAUUUGAUCCUAUA